GCACUUCCCGCUCAUCCGGUCACACCGCCAAGCUCGCCUGCGGAGGUCGCCACGAAGCAUGUCUACGCGAGGGAACACCCAUGGGAAGAAGCGCGACGUAGUCCCUAACGACAACCAAGCGCAGGGAAGUGGUCGACGACAUGCCCCGAAAGCGAAGAGGGUGCGUUCGGAAGAUGCGUCAACAAGGGUGCCUCGUCGUGGAGCGCAAGGUUGGGCGGCAGCAGCGGAAGGGGACUACGACGAAGAGUUCAUGACUGAGGAGGAGCAGGCAGAGGCUACCACGUCUGUAGUACGGGAGAGCGGUCGGCAGCGCUCUUCUGAUCAGAGCGCUUCGAAGAGGAUGCUGACCCCUCCACCCGAGGCGCAGCAGCUGCGUGCCCGCGAAACGCGAACAGAGAAGGUUGCCGUCGUCAAUCUUGGCGGCGAGGAUGAGGAGCCCUUGGAUAGACGUUGCAUGCGCACUCAUACAACGGCGACCCCACCCCCGACGGUGACGGCACGCGCUGCUAUAAACGAAAGGCCAGUCUCGGGUGGGCUGCCCGCCACGCCGUCUCAGCCACGUCAGCGCAUCGAGGGUGGUGACGGAGGGUCCGUCCAACGCGGCGACGGGGGGGAAGUCGUGGCAGACGCGCGCGCAGUUGGGUCCAAAGCGGUAGGUGCUGCGGGGGCGGGUGGUUCAGGCACUGUGGCCCCCGUUGCGACGGCAAGAGAGGAGGCAGCAGUUGUGGCGACGACGAGAGAGGAAGCGCGUGGCGAGAAGAAAGGCGAUCGGGAGGGCGGCGAACCCGGGUCAAGCCGGGUACGUAGGGGAGUGAUGACAAAGAACCUCAUCGACCGUGUCGUCCUUUGGGUCGAUGACAAAGCUUUUCGGACGACGGGGGAGGGGCGAAGACUGUACAACAUCGUCCACGAUACGAGAGAGAACUUCGUCGCCAUCGCUAGCGGACUUCCACCGCCUGCCGUCCCUCGGAGCGUUGUACUGCCCAAAUCCAGCAUGCGCGUAGGCAGGAUCGUCGACCAAUUACAGCUGUAGCAAGCGAUCUCCCGUGCGGCGGCAGUGGAGAACGUUGCUCUGUGCAUCUUGCACGGCUGGGUAUUCAAGUCU